AGUCUCCCAAUGUUCCGAAACACCACUCCCCCAAAUCAUAUCCAUAUAUAAACGACUAUUCCCAAAAUGUUCGUCACACUAUCCACUUAGUGCACAAACAUGGCAUUCAAAUUCGUAGUAUUCGCUGCUUUCGUAGCUGUAGCCCGUGCUGGUGGUUUGGGAUAUGCCGCCCCAGCUUUAGCUUCCUAUGCCACCCCAGUAGCUCACAGCUACGCCGCUCCAGCCGUAUCCGCCUACGCUGCCCCAGUCGUAGCGAAAUACUCCGCUGCUCCAGCUGUCUCUUACUCUAGCAUCUCCGCCCCAGUCGUUGCCAAAGCCGUAGCUCCAGUAGCCACCUACGCCGCUGCCCCAGCCUACGCUCACGCCGCUCCAGUAGCCACUUAUGCCGCUGCCCCAGCUUACGCCCACGCUGCCCCAGCUUACGCCCACGCUGCCCCAGCUUACGCCCAUGCUGCCCCAGCUGUAGCCGCCUACGCCGCUCCAGUAGCUAAAGUAGCCUACGCUCCAGUACAAAAGACCAUCAUCGCCGAACCUGAAGCCCCAGCUCACUACGAUUUCGGAUACGCCGUAAACGACCCACACACCGGAGACAGCAAAUCCCAACAAGAAUCCCGUGCUGGAGACGCCGUCCACGGUAGCUAUUCCCUCAUCGAAGCCGACGGCAGCAAACGUACCGUAGAAUACACUGCUGAUGCCCACAAUGGUUUUAACGCUGUCGUACACAAGGAACCAGCUGCCGUUGCCGUAAAAGCUGUAGCUCCAGUCGUAGCUAAAGUUGCCGCUCCAGUAGCUCACUACGCCGCUCCAGCCGUAGCUCACUACGCCGCUCCAGCCGUAGCUCACUCCUACGCUCCAGCCGUAGCUCACUCCUAUGCCCCAGCCGCCGUAUCUGCCUACGCUGCCCCAGUCGUAGCCAAAUACUCUGCUGCCCCAGCCGUAGCUACCUCCUAUUCCAGCAUUGCUGCCCCAGUAGCUGCUUUUGCUAAAGUAGCUGCCCCAGCUUUGUCCUACGCUCAUGCUGCCCCAGCUCAUUCUUACUACCACUAAGUUAUUGCUUAGUUAGUUAAUGUGUUGUUUUGAAUGCCAUAGAAUAUUUAUUUAUUGAAUAAAAAUUAUGAAAA